AUGGCUUUAGUAUUUUUAAAUAAACUUCCAAAAAUAUUUGUCAGAAAUGCAAGUUCAAGUUCUAUCAAUAGUUUUACUUUGAGAACUCAUAAUUGUGGGGAACUUCGACUUGAACAUGUUGGACAACGAGUCAAAAUUUAUGGAUGGCUAGAGACUAAAAGGAUGGACAAAUUUUUAUUGAUCAAGGACGCCUAUGGAAGUGUUCAAGCUUUGGCUUCAGACCAAAUGAAGGAUUUAAUUAAAUCUUUAAAAGAGCAGUCUUCUGUUUGUGUGGAAGGGACAGUUAUGGAUAGAGGGAAGGACAGAAAUAAUAAAAUACCUACUGGGCAGAUUGAGAUUGAUGCUGAAAAGAUAGAAGUUUUUAAUUCAAUUCCUAAUGCUUUGCCAGUGUUUAAUUCUUCAACUGAAUUAACACGUUUGACUCAUCGCUAUCUCGAUUUACGCUCGGAAAAAAUGCAGCAUGCCUUGAGAUUUCGGGCUCAAAUUAUAAGUAAAAUGCGUAGAUUUUUGGAAGAUGAAUGCUCUUUUGUUGAUAUUCAGACCCCAACCCUAAGCCAUUUUACGCCUGGUGGUGCAAAUGAAUUUCCUGUGCCUGCUAAUGAUUCAGGCGAAUGUUUUAGUCUUCCACAGAGCCCUCAGAUUUACAAACAAUUGUUAAUGUGUGGAGGAAUUGACAAAUAUUAUCAGGUAGCAAUUUGUUAUAGAGACGAACCUACCAAACCUAACAGACAGCCAGAAUUUACACAAUUGGACUUGGAAUUGUCUUUUACUAAUCAAGAAAAAAUUAUUUGUUUAAUUGAACAAAUUUUGAUUAAUUCGUGGCCUAAAGAAUUGGAACAAUAUAAACCAACCGUUCCUUUCCCUCGAAUGGAUUAUUCUGCAGCGGAUACAAGAAUACCUUGGGAAAUUACUGAUUGUUUAUUAGAAGAUAAUUUAAUUAAAGCAAAAAUGUUUGUUGCAAAAGGCGCUCAAAAAUAUUUAACUAAAGGAAGGAUGAUACGCUGGGAACAGAAAAUUGAUAUGUUGUCUUUUAAAAAAGAUUAUUCAAUUAUUCGCCCAUCGUCAAUCAACAAAUUUAACAAAAUCCCAAUAAAUAAGGACCAUCUAUUAAAUUUAAAUUUGGACAAGGAUGAUGAUGUUAUUGUUAUUUGUUGGGGCGAUUGUGAAGAACAUAUUUUAAAAGUUCUAGGUUAUUUACGCAAUUAUUUGGCUGAAUCAAUUUUUGAUUAUUUUCAACCUAAUCAAUUCAAUUUUGUUUGGAUUCAACGAUUUCCUUUAUUUGUAAAAAAUGAGGAAAGUGGGAAGAUAGAAAGUGCACAUCAUCCUUUCACGGCUCCAAUACCUGAACAUGAGAAAGAUUUGAAAAAUGGAAUAAACUUGGAUAAAAUUGAAGCUCAACAUUAUGAUCUUGUACUUAAUGGAGAAGAAAUUGGUGGAGGGUCAAUACGAAUUCAUAAUGCGGAACUCCAAGAAUAUGUUUUGAAAACACUUAAAAUUGAUUCUGAACCUUUGAAACAUUUACUCGAAGCUUUACGAUAUGGAGCUCCUCCACAUGGUUUUAUUUUUAAUUUUAAAGAACUUAAAAAUAUUUUUCCUUCAGGUGGUUUUGCAUUAGGAUUGGAUAGAUAUAUAGCUAUAUUAAAUGCUAGAGGAGAUUCAAAAGCUUCUAUACGCAAUGUUAUAGCCUUCCCAAAAUCAGCAUCUGGUAAAUGUUACAUGACAGGUUCACCUACAAGACCUGAUGAAUGGUUACUUGAACGCUAUAAAUUGAAAAUUGUUGAAGAAGACGAUGAAGAAUUUGAUUGUUAUGAAAGGUAA